AUGGGUGUUUCAAGAAAAUCAAGAAAUCCCCAUAACGAUAGUAUGAUGAGUUUUAGUAGUCGUAAUAAACGUGUUGGGAAAUUUGUUCGCCAAUCCAAGAAGACGACAUUUGGGUCACUUCCAAGAGACAUUCUAGUCGACGUACUUGCUUAUGUUGCUUCAGAUUCGUUCGAUAAUCUCUUUAAAGCUAAAUUAAGUUGCAAGGUUCUGCUCGACGCGGCAAAAGAUGACUCGAUCUUUCGGAGUAUUUCACUAGACAAGUUUCCAGUAACGCCUUGGUUUCCACUGAACGAUCGAGUGCAAUCUUUCCUAACUCACUGCUUCGAAAUAGGAAACUCUCAUGCAUUAUUUAGACAUGGAAUGAUUGAGUACUUCAAGCUAGGUAAGGUCGAAUCUGGACUUGAGUAUUUGAAAAGGGCGGUCAGGAAAGGUCAUUCAGUGGCGACAUAUGUGUAUGGAAUGAUUCUUCUUUCGCGAGGAGAUGAAGUAUCGUGUCAAGAAGGAUUGAAUGUUUUGAAUCACAUGAAGUAUUCAAGUCAUGGAAACUGGAAUGUAAAACGCUGCAGAGAUGAGAUUAAGUGCAUCUUAGAUCGAAUGUGGAUUAAGAAUUGGUUUGCUCUAGAAAACGUUGACACGAGAUGUCAAGAACAAGGCCAUGUAAGUCAGUUUUGCUGCAGGGGUUGGAAUUUUGACGACAAUGUAAAAGUUUCAAGUUGCGAUACAUGUAUGUGGUAUCGGGAACUUGUUAAUUUUUGCAAAAUCAGGAAUGUCAUGGUUUAAAAUUUUAGACAGGAUCAA